GAAAUCCUUUACUUCAGGGCAAAGUGCACUGAACUUAACUUCCCUUAUUUCAGCUCUUGGAAAAUGCUGUAGAUCUCUGAGUGCUGUAUGAACCGUGUUGGGCUAAGCUACACUGUUUUUCUGUGGUGGAUUCUAAAUGACAUGUUCUCAGAACUGCUGGCUGCUACUUGUUUUAAUUAACCUCCAGUUUGAUGGUGGAUUGUUGAGUACAAAGUUUAUUCAUAAAUGUACUCCACGGUGCUGACUGGAUGAAGACAGAAAAGUCUCCACUUUACAAGCAUGCGUUCACAUUCUGUGCAUCAUGGAAGGAAAAGUCCACCAUUUACAAAAAUGUCUAGAUGGCAUUUAUAAGGUCAUUAGAAGUGCAAAUGACAUUUUGUGUGGAAUCAGCCAGCCAUCUGUUUGCAGUGAAGUGCUGCAGUCUCCACAGGGAGUUGCUUACAUCUCAGGUGUCAAUGAGGUAUAUAAAGUGGCAAAGAGAGUGGAAGGAGGAAUGACGAGCCUGAAUAUUGACAAUCAAAAUCUCCAUAAUCGUUUGAGAGACAUUGAACUAACUUGGAACAACUUACAAGCUUUCUUCUCAUUUAGCCCUACAAUCUUACAAAUGUUGUCUUCUGAACUGACCGCUGUCUGUUCACCUGCAACUGAUUCAGAAAAUGGGCAGAUCAGAACCUGUGGAGUGUGUCUAUUCAGAACAGGGAAUGAACUAAAUGGCAAGGCAAAUACAGUGCUUUACAACAGUUGUCACUAUCACGCCAGCUGUGCUAACUUCUGGUUAAACUGCGUGGAUUCCAAUUUACCCGGUCUUAUUGCAGCUGAAGAAAGAUCUCAGACUUCGGAGCCUUGCUCUUCCUGUGCUGAAUUGCCUGGUCAUCAGUUGUGACGACUAUUCUUCCUCCACCUCAAUGACUGUGCACUCUAUUUAUUCUUGGAACCAAAUUAAUAAUUUUGUCAAAAGCACUUUGUAUUAAAUACGAGAAUACAUUCAAUUAUUUUGAAAUAAAUAAUUGAAUAA